CUGCGCUCGGCCCCGCUCGGCCAUGGCGAGGCGGACGGCGGCCCCCGCCGGGCCCCUCAUGGACGAUUUCUCCUUCGUGAGCCCGGUGGUCAAGUACGUGCUCUUCUUCUUCAACCUGCUCUUCUGGAUGAUCUCCAUGGUGAUGGUGGCCGUGGGGGUCUACGCCCGGCUGCUGAAGCACGCAGAGGCAGCCAUGGCGUGCCUGGCGGUGGACCCCGCCGUCCUCCUCAUCAUGGUGGGCGUCCUCACCUUCCUCAUCACCUUCUGCGGCUGCGUCGGCUCCUUGCGGGAGAACAUCUGCCUGCUGCAGAUGUUCUCCGUCUGCCUGACCAUCAUCUUCCUCCUGCAGCUGGCGGCCGGCGUGCUGGGCUUUGUCUUCUCCGAUAAGGCACGUGGGAAGGUCAGCGAGAUCAUCAACGGGGCCAUCGUGCAUUACCGGGAUGACCUGGACCUGCAGAACCUCAUCGAUUUUGGGCAGAAGGAGUUCAGCUGCUGCGGGGGUGUCUCCUACAAGGACUGGUCCCAGAAUGUGUAUUUCAACUGCACGGCCACCAACCCCAGCCGUGAGCGCUGCUCCGUGCCCUUCUCCUGCUGCCUGCACGACACCGAGCAGGCCGUCAUCAACACCAUGUGUGGCCACGGGAUGCAGGCCAGAGGCUACCUGGAGGCCAGUGCCUUCAUCCACACCAACGGCUGCAUCGACAAGCUGGUCAACUGGACCCACAGCAACCUCUUCCUGCUGGGGGGCAUCACCCUGGGGCUGGCCCUGCCCCAGCUGGUGGGCAUCGUGCUGGCGCAGCUCCUCAUCAACCAGAUCCGUGACCAGAUCAAACUGCAGCUCUACAACCAGCAGCACCGGGCAGACCCCUGGUACUGAGCCCCGGCCUCUCCGGGGGCAUUCCCGACCCCGGAUCCGCGGGAAGAGCCCGAGGGGCUCGGCUGGAGAAGAGGGAUGGCGGAUCCGCGCUGGCUGCGGAGAGGGAGGCUCCGUGCCUUUGGCAGCCGGCGCUGGGCUCGGCCUGGAGGUGCUGAGCUGAGGCAGCGUCGGGGAAUCGCUGUCUGUCCGUCCGUCCGUGCCUCCUGCUGCUGCACAAAGCUUCGCACUGGGAUGUGCUUCCCCUCCCCACGUGUGCUGGAGAAGGACGUCUGUCUGUCUGUCCGUCUGUCUGUGCACUGAGCUGCCUUGGCCCAGGCUGGGCUGUGGGACUGGGGACAAUCCCCCACAGCCAGGUGUUUGGGGACAUUCCCCAUGGCUGGGUGUUUGGGGACAAUCCCCCACAGCCAGGUGUUUGGGGACAUUCCCCAUGGCUGGGUGUUUGGGGACAAUCCCCCACAGCCAGGUGUUUGGGGACAUUCCCCAUGGCUGGGUGUUUGGGGACAAUCCCCCACAGCCAGGUGUUUUGGGACAUUCCCCAUGGCUGGGUGUUUGGGGACAAUCCCCCACAGCCAGGUGUCUGGGGACAGUCCCCAGGGUCCGGUGUCCAUCUCGGUGUCCCCAGGUGUGGGGACAGCUGCGGGCUCUGCGGGUGCUCUGCUGCUUCUUGGCUUUCAUGGACAAUAAAGACGCGAGGCCCCGAGCUCUGCCAGGCCGUGCAGGGGACACCGUGGUGGCUCUGGGGACACUCAGGGGACACCAUGGUGGCUCUGGGAACACGCAAGGGACACUGUGGUGGCUCUGGGAACACUCAGGGGACACUGUGGUGGCUCUGGGGACACGCAGGGGAUGCCGCAGUGGCUCUGGGGACAUGCAAGGGACACUGUGGUGGCUCUGGGGACACUCAGGGGACACCGUGGUGGCUCUGGGGACACGCAGGGGACGCCGCAGUGGCUCUGGGCACACGCAAGGGACACUGGUGGCUCUGGGGACACUCAGGGGACACCGUGGUGGCUCUGGGGACACUCAGGAGACACUGCAGUGGCUCUGGGGACACGCAGGGCACACCGCGGUGUCUCUGGGGACACACAGGGGACAGGACA